UCAAUUUCUCUUGAAUCAACAUUUAUGUGUAAUACGUUAUAUACUCUGUAAAUAAGUAUAUAUAUAUGUGCAGAACUCUCACCACAGAUCAGUGCAGUGGUUUUUCUUAACAUUGUCAGCUUGCAACAUGCCAACACUCGGGAAGACCUCUCCAUUUCUACUCUUUUUGCUCCUGGCAACACUCUUCCAUCUCUCACAUGGCGAUGUGGGCACCUGUUCCCACUACAGACCCCCAUAUCUACCCACCGCCUGUUAUGGGAACUCACCAUCACAUUUCCCAUCAAGCAACAUGUUUGCCGCGGCCGGCGAGCGAAUAUGGGACAAUGGCGCAGCAUGUGGGAGACAGUACGUGGUGAGAUGCAUCAGUGCAGCUGUCCCGGGAACUUGCCUUCCAGACCACAUCAUUCAGGUUAGGAUUGUUGAUCGAGCACAAACAUCAAGGUCAAGGCCUUCAUCGAAUGGGGCUACCAUAGUCCUAUCCUCUGCCGCAUUUGGCACCAUUGCAGAUCCUUCGGCAAGAUUGGUUAACGUAGAAUUCCAACAGUAAGUCAUGCUUGUCUUGUCUUUCUCUCAAUCUUAGAUUUUUCCAUUUCGAAGGAACAUAACUAAACGUACGUGGGGCAUGUUUUGGCGUGCAGGGUUUGAUGAAGAAGAAGAACAGUCUAGAUAAAGUGCAGGGGGUAUUUGAGAUUAAGUUAAUGUGAUGAGUUACGCGGGUUAGCGAGCUAGCUAUUCGUAUUAAUUGUGUAUAUGUGGUUUUCAAUUACUUGUUCAUUGAAUUGAAUAAUUAAGCAUAUUAUUAAUAAAUUACAUUUCUUUUUUCUU